AUGAUGGACAACAAGGAUUUAGAAGCUGAAAUCCACCCCUUGAAGAAUGAGGACAGGAAGUCGCAGGAGAACCUGGGUAACUGCACUGACAAAGAGGAGCCCUGUAAGACGCUGCCUCCGCGGUCGCCACUGUCCCGGUGCCGGACGGUGGCCUUUUUCCUGUCCCUGUUUAUCUGCCUCUUUGUGGUGUUUGUCGUUUCAUUCAUCAUCCCAUGUCCAGACCGGCCUGUGUCACAGCGAAUGUGGAGGAUUGACUAUAACACAACAGCUGCAUAUGACUUUCUGGCUCUGGAAGACAUAAACCGGGAUCGGAUCCAAGAUGUUCUGUUUCUUUAUAAAAACGCCAACAGCAGCAAUAGUCCCAACCGAUCCUGUGCCGAUGAAGGCUUCUCCUCUCCCUGUGCCUUUGUGGCCGCUGCAUCGGGGGCCAGCGGCACCCUGUUCUGGGAGAGGCCCGCAGCACAGGACGUGACCCUCAUGCAGUGCAGCAGCGCCCAGCAGCGGGCCCAUGGGGUGUUGUCAGCCUGCAUCCUCGUCGGUGGCCCUGGAUCUGUCAUCGCGCUAGACCCCUUCACAGGGGAAACCCUGUGGAGCCGUCCCGGCAGCCUGGAGAAGAAUGCAUCCAUCCUCAGUCUCCUGCUUGGGGUGCCCGACGUCGACAGCGAUGGGCUCCCUGACCUGCUGGUCCUCACCAGGGAGAACAAGGAGGUGAACAGCUACGUCUACUCAGGCAGCACUGGGAGCCAGGUGGGCCACAGAGGCAGCCUCAGCACAGAUGGGGAGGCUGGCUCGAUCCUGCACGUCACCAGGACAGGCGCCUACUACCUCCUCUUUCCCUGCGCAAGUUCCCUCUGUGGCUGGUCCAUGAAAAGUCUGUUUGAGGAGAUGACGGGGAGAGAGAGCCUCCUCAGGACGGACCCACUGUGGGAGCGCGCCAUCAACAGCACCACCAGCAGGGUGUCCUCACCCAGCUCUGGAGCCAUCCGCUACCAGAUGCACGUCCCCGGCAAAGCUGGUGAGGACCUGCUCCUCGUGGGCUCUGAGGCCUGCGUGCUGCUGGAUGGGCAGGACCUGGCACCCAGGUGGACCCUCAGUGACGCCCAGGUCUUCAGAAAACCCAUCCUUGGUCACUACAAACCGGACACCUUGGCAGUACUCAUUGAAAAUGGAACUGGCAUCAACAGACAGAUCCUGCUCCUGGACCUCAGCACCGGGGCCAUCCUGUGGCAUCAGCACCUCCCAGGCCUCCCCGGGGUCCCGCCUUCCGCCAGCCUGCUGACUGCAGACCACCGCUCUGCCUUCUUCUUCUGGGGCCUACCUGAGGGGGUCGAUGCAAACCAGACGGAGACCGGAGGUCCUGCCCACAGCCUCUACAUGCUUCACCCUACUCUGCCCAGCGUCCUCCUGGAGCUGGCCACCAUCUCUGCCAACAUCAUUGCCUUCGAGGCCGUCCUGUUCGAGCCGAGCCGCCACGCAGCCUUCAUCCUGCUGACGGGCCCAGAGAGCCCAGCCGCACCUGGACUGGUCUCAGUGAUCAAGCACAAGGUGCGGGACUGCAUCCCGGAUAGCAGGGUCGUGCGUCUGAGCCAGGAUCGGGCCGACAGUGACCAGGCCAUCAGGGACCGCUUCUCCCGGCUGCGGUACCGGAGUGACGCGUAA